AACGACCACUAUCGAGUCCAAGACAUCACUUCAACCAACGACCACUAUCGAGUCCAAGACAUCACUUCAACCAACGACCACUACCAAGUCAGCCACGACUAUAAGGCCUUGGACAACAAAACUGCCAGUGACCUCCAUCUCUGAGACUUUACGUUCUGCAAAUACAAUGCAGAAUAUGGUGUUGGGCAGCACUGCAUCAGAGAUCAUCCCAACCUCAAGAUCCAGCAGUCCAGCAUCAGUCAUUCCAUCUUCUACAAAUAGCACCCGAGUAUCCACUAUGAUCAGUUCAGAAGAGGUCUGCAAAUAUCUGAAGGCAUGGAUCAUUAAGGACUGCGACAUACAGCGCACCGGGAGAGGAAAAUACAACCUAAAUAUCUAUAGCGAGGAAAUCAUUGACGAGCCACCUUCAAAGACGCAGUCCUACAACACCAAACUUAUUGCCGCUCUGGUCACCACCUUCAUCUUGUUGUUCAUCAUCGUCCUCAGCAGCUUUUUUCUAUGGCGCCGACGCUCUUACAAGAUGAACCAGCAACAGCUGACAGAGGAGUUGCACACUUGCGAGAAUGGUUACCAUGACAACCCCACACUGGAGGUGAUGGAGGUGCAGCCAGAGAUGCAGGAGAAGAAGGUGGCCCUCACCAAAGAGCUCCACGACACCUGGAUCGUGCCCUUGGACAACUUGACCAAAGUCGACCUUCUGGACGAGGAGGACACACACCUGUAGGGUGAUGUCACCUGAGGUAAUGGUGACGUGACUGCAGGGUAACGGUCACUCACAUGCAGGACCAAACGAGGGCCACUACAUGCCCAUCCAUAAGCAGAUACCCCCCAAAAUUUUCAAAGAACUUUCUUCCUGAAUGCUAAAAGGUACAGUUUGAAAUCCUGAAAAGAACCACUGUGUGGAUCUUACCUCACAAAUACCAGGACUGUUAACCAGCACCAUCAGCGGGUCCUGUACCUCUGUAAUCCUUUAUUUUUGCCAGACUAAAAUGACUCAAAAGAUGUGAUGUUAGGAUUCACACUAUUGCAUCGAAGGGCCAAUAUUUUAUGCCCUGGGGUCUGUUACUCGUCCCCUAUGUUUAAAAAGCUGAUUAAUCUUGACCGCUGGAAGAUUUACUUACCGCUGCUGUUCAGGGUCACUGGGUAGCGGCGCAUCGCCACCCCUGUGGGGUUCUGGCGGGAGUUCCGGUCGCUCUCCGCGUUUCCAUGCUGGAGCACUGUCCUGCGCUCAUUCAGGGCCAAGGAUGGGGAGGCCGGUGAGAGACAGACCAGAAGCCGCGGAGAUUCACUCACCAGCGAGUCACUGCUUCAGACAGAACCGUAUGAAGCCAAAAGGGUGAAUAAGCCACUUCAGUGGGUCCAGCCUGCUUCUAGGAGGCUUUUUGUAAAUAUAUGUAUCUUUUUAACCAGACAAGUGCCUUCCCACACUCAGGUCUCGCUGAGGGAAGCAUUGCGUUUUGCUGUCAGAUAAUGAACCACCACAUUCACAUCAUCCAGCACCAGGUUAAAUGCUUGAAUACUGUUUCUCACAGACUCUUUCACUUUAUAAAACACUUAAGUUAUGCAAAGAUGAGUUAUUUGUGGUUCUUUUGCUGAAGCUGAUAAACACUGGGAUUUGUAUGUAUGGUUUUCCCUGAUCCAAGACCUUUUUUAUGUAUCAAUAAAACACCGAACUAACCAA